AUUGUUUAAAUACGAGCAUAUUGCCCUUGUACCAACAAACUACGCCAACAGGUAGUGUGUACCUUUAAAGGCAGUUGGGUUCACAUUCUAGGACUACAAUCAUUUAUGUGUAGGAGUUGUCAAGGCAGUUACCAAUAUAAAUGAUCAGUUCAAUAAUGAUAUACAUCCUUUGUACAAGCGUCUCAACAUUCAGAGCUAAUAAUCAUUAGGUGUGGUAGCAUGUAAGAGUGGACUGUUGUGAAGACUGUAAUAAUAUUGAAUAAAAUAUUAAUACAGUUAAAACACUGACUGUAUACAUGAUUUUGAUCACUGCAACCAUAUAAGGAAUUUAAAAUUAGGAGUUAGAUGAGGAUUUAUCUACAGAAAUUAUAUAGUGGAAUACCCUUUGCAAUCAUUUGACUUCGAUAUCUCUGACAGAGAGCAUUGUGCGUCGUAUUCAUAGCAUAGUAGCAAUCUAGCCUCUAGUCUCAGGAUAAUAGUGGAACAAACUCAGUAUAAUAUUUUACAGGUAUUACCACAUAGUACAAUAAUAGUGGUCGUUAAACCUAAAGUAUUUGUGAUCAAAGAUUUAAGUGUCAAUAAGAAUUUGGAUUGUACUGCACAGAAACUUAAAGGCUACCAAGCCUAGACAUAAGAUCAUAUAUAAACUGAAUAGCUUGGCUCUAGAAUAUUAACUGCUAUUCUCAAAAAUAUAUAGGUUUUCUUUAAAAAGGACAUUCACCAACAAAAUGGAUUGUAAAAUUCUUAGUAUUAUGUGUGUGGGACUGGCGAUAUACCUGGUGUUUGGAGGAGUGAUAUUUCACUUUCUGGAACAACCAAAUGAAAGUGAAACGAGACAAAUAACCAGAGAUACUCAAUUUGAAUUUCUACGGAACUUUUCCUGUGUAUCAAAUGAGCAGUUUGAGCAACUGAUACAGACUGUAAUCAAGGCAUAUGACCAGGGUAUUAUAGCCACAAAUUCUACAGAUUCGGCAUCUAACUGGGAUGUAGCUGCUUCAAUAUUCUUCUCAACAACAGUUGUCACCACCAUAGGCUAUGGCCAUAUAUCACCUGCAACAUCUGGUGGGCAAGUGUUCUUCAUCUUCUAUGCCUUGUUUGGAAUUCCAUUCACAGCUAUUAUCCUUGGAGGAAUCGGUGGACAACUCCUGAAACUGAGGAAUAAGUUGAAAGAAAAAGCACUGAAGGGCAAUACUAAACAAAAUGAAAAAACAAAGAAUAUUGUGAUGGUAGUAGCUGUGAUAGUAGUAGGGUUGAUUAUCUUUGUAUUCUUGCCAGCAAUAUUGUUUUCUCUUGUGCAACAAUGGAGUUAUGGUACAGCUCUGUACUACACGUUCGUCACACUCACAACAGUUGGUUUUGGAGAUUAUGUCGCAGGUAUAGACACAAAUAUAUCAGGGUUUGGUUCGCAGGUUGUCUAUAGGUUGUUUGUUGCACUCUGGAUACUCAUGGGAUUGUCCUGGCUGGCAGGCUUACUAUCACAAUUUCAGGAUAUGCUAGAGUCUAGAAUUGAGAAGAAUGCAGACAAAAUAUUGAACAAAAAUGAGGUCAGUGCUGAAUCAGAGAACAAGAAAGAGCAUAGCAAUAAUACAUCAUCCACAGAACUGUCCACUGUUAAAUCAACUAAUAUGUGAUUCAUGUGAACAAUACAAACAUGACUACAGAAAUGUAUACAGAAGCAGCUUAUGAGGUACAUAAGAACCCGCACAUACAAGCAGUGAGUGCCCAAUUGUGAGGGGACCCUUUUUCAAUGCCCCAAAGCAAGAACAUUCUCUCAGAUUGUAGCCUACAUACAUGUAUGAUAAGAAUGCACAUAUAUCGCUUUGUGUAUGCAAUACUUUGAUGCUGGUCAAAAAGAGGAACUUAGUGUUACUACUGAUGUGAUUAAGACUAUGGCUCAAAACACUCUGAUUGUUCAUGGACACAUUCAAAAUUUUUAUUGCUUUACACAAUCAUCAUAAUGCCAUUGGCUGAUUGUCCUAGAGAUUGUAGUACUGGAACAUUCAAGAAUUUGACCUUCAUCAUGUAGAUACUGAGGAUGUACGCUUUUAUUUGGAGUGAUCAAAUUCAUAAACUUAAAAAAACUAAACUAGCAUUCAUAAAAAGAUCAUUUUUAGUACUAUGCCUAUUGCCUAAUUACAUGUAUAUCAUGUUUUGAGUACAUGUAUUUCGAUUCAUUUAUAUUUUUACAUUUUUCUUAGAUAUUCAAGACAUCUACUUCAUAUAUUUUUUUAACUUUUAAGUCUAAAUAAUAAAAAUCACUAUGCCUUUGUAUUUUAAAAUGUUGAUUCAGAAGUUUAAAUAAUGAAAUCAAAGGUUAUUAAUUAAAAAAAAAUUGCGCUAACUCAGGUAACUCAAUGUUAAACCAAAUAUUAUGGUUUCAAAGUUAGGCCAUUCAAAGUCAUUCUAUGCUUUACUUCAGGCCAAAAAAUAAACAAGGAAACAAGUAAAAAACACAAAGCAGAGUAAAACAAUCUUAUUUUCCAGGAUAUAAUAUAUGAUUUAAAAAACUUUUAUAUUUAGUUGUAGAGUAAGUAAUGUAAAUACAUGGAAAACACAUAUUUGCAUGAACUUUCAAUGUACUGUAUUCAUUCUUAAUUUGGCGCAACUUCAUUUUGUGAUUUUUGGAGAUCAGAUAUAUUGUCUUCUUUUAAUUUGGCAGUUUUUCAAGGGAAUGAAUCUCAUAUCUAUAUCUAGCAUAUACCCUCCCGCCUAAUCCAGUUUUUUGUUGAUGAACAAUUUUAAAUGCUCCAAAUAAAACAAUUUAAACAGCCCUGGGCAUCUCAUAACU